AUGGUAACCACUGCCAUGAAGAUGCUAAAUGAGUCCAUUGUGGAGAGACCUAUGCCCCAAACACGCCUGCCGUCUGAAGUCUUAUUGGCCGUUGGUGGAUGGGUGAGACAUUUCCCAAGUGUCAAGAUUGAGUUGUACAAUGUCCGAGCUGACAACUGGGUGUCGCUGAGCUGGACACGAUAUCUGGGAUUCUACAGUUGUGCUUACCUCAAUGGAUGUGUCUAUUGCAUCGGAGGUUUUGAUUUCAUAAGCUAUUCAAGUCAUGUAAAAAGGUUCAGCCUCACCAACCAAACCUGGACAGAGGUGGGGUCGAUGCAUGAAGAGCGGGGCUUUCUCAGUGUGGCCACACUGAAUGGCUGCAUAUAUGCUAUGGGCGGGUGCCAAAACCAAAAGAAACUGAAAACUGCAGAACGAUAUGAGCCUGACACCAACCAGUGGACUAUGAUUGCAUCGAUGCACAAGCGCAGGGCAGAAGCUGGUGCUGCAACACUACACGGCAAGGUGUACAUUUGUGGUGGUCUUACUGAAGAUGAACCUCUGUCAUGUGCUGAGUCCUACAACCCUGACACCAACCAGUGGACACUGAUCACACCCAUGGAAACCGGGAGGACUGGGGGAGCCGUGGUCGCCUACAAUAACGAAAUCUAUGUAGUUGGUGGCUUUAACGGUAUCACUCAGUUGCGUAGUGUCAUCGCAUAUGACCCAAGAACAAGACGCUGGCGCAACGUUGCUCCCAUGUUACACCCUCGUAAAAACUUCGGCAUUGCAGUGCUGGAGGACCAGCUGUAUGUGGUUGGAGGUUUCUACAAUGGCGGCUUAUUCUGCAAUCUGGAGUGCUAUGAUGAAAAGACCAACAGGUGGUACAUUGUCAGCGACAAAGGGAUGAUCCAAG